GACUCGUCUACAAAGCUGGGUAACAUCUUACAGGCCCAUCUGAAGUCCCGCCGCGGCGUUUGUCUAACAAGUCGCCCCUCCCCUCGUGCCCUCCACCUGGACCCAGAGUUUCUGAACACCCCCGGGGGCGCUUUAACCAAUCAAACACUAGAUCAGAGCUUAGAGAACCUCCUAGACAAAGACGAGAAGGCUGCAAACUCCGACAGCGAGGCAGGAUUGACUCCGGUCCGAACUGUACCCCUCAUCCCGGGACAAAUCCACACUGAGACACUACUCCCUGCAGGAUAUUUGAUUCCAAUUUCCCAGCAGUCCCUCAGCAUCAAGGAAGGCUGUGGAGGAGAGACCAGCAAGGCUCAAACCCCGACCUACAUCUAUCAGACUCCCACUGCAGCUGCGACGCCGACUCACGCCCAGGAGGUGACGCCCACCAGCCUCUGCAUGCACAAACCCGCGGCCUCCCCCCACGCCGCGCAGCACCUCCACCGCCUGCACAGCCCCAGCCCCGCCAUCCUGAACUUCACCCUGCAAAACCUGGGCCUGAUCUCCAGCCCCGGAAACCCCGCCGCCUCCCAGCAGACUCCGGAGCGCUCCGGCGCCGUACUGAGCCCCAUCUCCACGCUACAGCAACGGGGGCUGGUCUUCAUCAAGCCCGGCUCCCCCGCCACCAUCCAGCAGCCUGUGACCCUGAUCAGUGUGCAGCAGCCUUUGAUGAGCACUCCGAAAGGAACGGCGCUCCCCCAGCACAGCUUCUUCCACACGCCGGUUCCCCUCUCGCCUCUGGCUGCCAUGGUAACCAGCAGCAGACAGCCAGCGACCCGGACGAUCUACGUCCCGCAGAGAAAGCUGGACGUGGCUCCGGAGGAUUCCUGAGGAGAACUUCAGUGGCAUCUUCUCUGUUCUUCCAUCUGUGGCUCUGGACUGAUAAAGGAAUGACCUCCUGGACGUGUUUGGACGCCCGUCAACACUUAUGUUUCCCUGGAGUUAGAUUGGACUCCCUCGCUGUGAUUUAUUCUCUCUUAAAAGAAUUGUCUAACAUUUGAAUAACAUUUUCCAAUCACACCACUGUUUGAAGAACCUGGUUACAUUUUCUUGCACAUUCCUAAAAGUCAACUGUUGUUCAAUUUGACAUCUUGGUGGAUUUAAUUUAUGAAGGGCAACCUUGUAUUGAGUUAUUUUAAAAUGCAAAAUAAAUGUCAGUGAUUUUUUUUUUUUUAAUAUCAAAUCGCUUUUCUUUUUUUAUUUUUUCUGCUACAGUGUAAAAAACAUCCUCUGAGAUGCUUUUAAUUAGAAAAGUUUUGUUGUUUAAGAGGAUUUCCUUGGUUAAUGAAAAGGUUUUAAACAUAAAAGUCUUAAAUAUCCACAUUUGGGCACAUAUUUUUAAGAAAAAUGUUCCUAUUUUCACAACGCACAACAAUAAAUUACACAAUAUUCUAGUCUUGGGUGAAAAGGAAAGAGGACAGAGAGAAGCAAACAUACAAUCUCGGCCCCAUCCACCUAAACCAGCGUCUCCAGAGCCACAUGAGUCUCUCUGGUUAAAGUCAAAAGAAGGUUUUUAAAAAAGUAUAACUGUAAAAAGUGAGUAAGUAGUAAAGCAAAGAAACAUUUUUUGAGUGC